AUGCUAGGCCUAGGUCUCCAUGUGUCUGCGCAUGACUGGAGACGUCCCAAGAAGCCAGGCAGCCUCCUGAACUCCUAUAAAUACGCUCCUCCAGCCCCAAGUCCAAACCAUUCCAUUCCCAAAGCUAGAGAGCACCUGAAAAGUUGUAUGAACACCAAAGCAUGGGAGAUGCUUUCUGUUCAUAUUGGUUUGCAUUGUUGUGAGGUUGUGAUGGGUAAUCUUCUAGGGAGAGAAGUUAUGCCGUCAAAUCUCUUGUGUUGUGAGGUUGUGUCGGGUAACCUUCGGGGAAGGUUAGGCCGCCAGAUCUCUUUUGUGUGUGAGGUUGUGUUGGGUAACCUUCGGGAAGGAUAUGCCAACAGAUCUCUUUUCUGUCAUGGCUAUGCCGCUAAACCUCGAGUGCAUACUAACAUGGUGGUGCGUAAGGCCCAUAUGUUGAGUAUGACUCCGAUGUGGAAAGAUCACGGACGGCUGAGCCGCCAGAUCUUUCGAGGUUCGUGUGGGUACUCUUCCGAGGCAAGGGAAGCUCUGCCGCAGAACCGGUGGUAUGAGGCAUAG